UCCAUUAUAUUUUAGACGUUUGUUAUCUCUGAGCGAGAAAAUGAAGAUAAAAAAUAAUCUCUGUUUCACCAAACAUGGCGAUCGAAGAAAGUAACGCAGUUACGACAUCUGUGUUGAUCGAAGACAUCGACAUGGAAGUCUGGAAGAAGCGCACAAGGAACCAUCCACAGUCGAUCGGGAUGACCAGAUUUUGAAGCUUGAUUUUUCAGAAAGAAUGCAGAUAUACGAUGAUGACGAAAGCAUACUGGAAGGAAUCAGCAUACAUGAUGAGAGUCAGUGGAUACAUAAUCAACUUGAACCUUUGUUUGGUUCAAUAAGCACCAUGAUGACAUCUUCAGGUUUUUGCAGAUGCACCAUGUGCAAAAAUUGGAUAUUCCCUUCAUUGCUAUGUACCGAAAAGAGGACUGCCUUAGCUUACUGAAAGAUCCUGAACAGCCUGAAGAAGAAAAAUCUACGUUAAAGUGGCACAAGGUACUGUGGGCCAUUCAGGAAUUGCACAAAAAGUGGCUGCUGUUUCAGAAUCAGAAAAGGGCAUUGCAAUUUCACUACAAUAAGCGCUUUGAGGAAGAAUCUCGACGAGGACUCUUACAUGAUGAGACUCCACAGCUUUUUGAAUCAAUUAUGAAGUCACUCCGAGAUGCAGAGUCAGAGAGAGAGGUCGAGGAUGUCAACAGCAAGUUUAACUUGCAUUUCCCUGCAGGUGAGGGUCAGGAUGCUAUUGAUAUCAGUAGUGAUCCAGGUGUGAGGAAGUAUGUCCGCAGCAAUUACUUUGAUUUCGUUGAAGUAUCAGUCACGAGCACAAAACCUGGCUUAUAUAUGGAUUGUCAAAAAAAGCAAUUGAAUAGAUUUGAGGAUGCACAAUGGUUUCUUGUCCAAAAGGCUGAAGAGGAGAAUCUUGUACAAGUCACUAUUAAGCUGCCCGAAGACCGUCUGAACAGGUUGAUACGCGACUUAAGCAACUACAAUCUUAGUAAAUUAUCUGCACAACUGUGGAACGAGCAGCGCAAGUUGAUAUUGCAAGACGCUCUUUCCAAUUUCCUUCUGCCUUCAAUGGAGAAAGAAGCAAGAUCCUUGUUGGUCAGUAGAGCAAAAAACUGGUUACUUAUGCAAUGUGGAAAGGCUUUGUGGAAUAGAGUCUCCAUGGCACCGCCAUAUAAACGGAACCAAACUGCACCACCUAGGGUCAUGGCUUGCUGUUGGGGUCCCGGGGACCCUGCAACCACUUUAGUGAUGUUGGAUUCAUGUGGGGAGCUGCUAGAUGUGCUUUGCAUAGGGACUAUCAGCUGGGAGAAUCUCACCUGGACCGUACCAUUCUUUGAUAAACCUACUAGACUGCGUAUGGAAAAUGAUGAUAAACGUAUUCUGCAGUUCGUGAAUGAUCACGAACCUGAUCUUGCUAUCAUAGGAGCGACUAAUAUGUCUUGUGAUAUGCUGAAAUUACAACUUCUGGGAAUUGAAUCAUUACAGGUACCCGAGAAAAUGAUCCCCCUAAGGGUUGUAUAUGGGGAUGAAACUUUGGCUUGCCUGUAUGAAAGUUCUCAGAUUUCGGCUGAUCAGCUACCUGGACAAUCAGGCAUGGUCCGGCGGGCUGUGGCUCUUGGGCGUUAUCUUCAAAAUCCACUGGCAAUGGUUGCCACACUUUGUGGACCGGGACGAGAGAUCUUAUCUUGGAAACCACUCACUUCCUUUCUCACCCCAGAUGAGAAGUACGCGAUGAUUGAACAGGUCAUGGUAGAUGUUACAAACCAGGUUGGCCUUGACAUAACUUUGGCUACAAGCCAUGAAUGGUUAUUUGCACCUUUGCAAUUCAUUUCUGGACUUGGACCUAGAAAGGCAGCAUCUCUGCAGCGGUCAUUGGUAAGAAGUGGUGAAAUAAUUGCUCGAAGGGAGUUGGCUACGUUGCAUGGGCUUGGUAGAAGGGUGUAUCUAAAUGCAGUUGGUUUCUUGCGUAUUCAGCAACAUGGGUUAGCUGCUAACAGCACCAGCAGCCAAUUUAAUGCUCUGUUGGAUGAUACAAGUAUCCAUCCAGAAUCCUAUUUGCUUGCACAAGAAAUGGCCAAAGACGUUUAUGAUGAUAAGGAUGCAAUGGAAAUGCAGCGCAUUAGGGAUCAACCUAGUUACCUCGAGAAGCUUGACGUUGAAGCAUAUGCUAAAAGCAAAAAACUUGAGAAUAAGAUGCAAACAUUGUGCGGCAUAAGGAGAGAAUUAAUACAGGGGUUUCAGGAUGAGCGUAAAACAUAUGAAGAACUAGAUGAAGAUGACAUGUUCUAUACAAUGACAGGUGAGACUUGCACCACACUAUCUCAAGGAAGCAUUGUGCAGGCCAUAGUUCGAAGGGCUCUACCCAAAACAACAAUUUGUACUGUGGGAGCUGGAUUGAUUUGUACACUUCAGAGAGAAGAUUUUACAGUUAAUGGGAGGGAAAUUUCAGACUUAUCUCAGGUACUGAAGGUGGGUGAUAUUAUCACUUGCAAAAUCAAACGCCUUCGAAAGAAGCGAUUGAAUGCGGAACUUUGUAGUUUGUAGAGAGUGAGAUG